UCAAGCUAAGGUCAGAGGGUUUGGAGGAGAUUCCAGAGUCUUCCAGGAAGAAACGGGAGGGAAUCUUCCCGCAGCUGGUUCUGCCGGAGUGGAGUGGGCCGGGGAGUGGCCCGCGCGCGUCUCUCGGACACCGGUCAUCAGGCACUCUAGGUGGCCCUCGGAACAAGACAGUUUUGGCUAUGGUACGGCGACACUGUCACCUGAUGUGCAAGUCCACUCUGUGACGGGGUGCGAGUGAAUCCACAUCUGGAGAUGGUGACCUUCAGAGACGUGGCAGUAGACUUCUCCCGGGAGGAAUGGGAUUGUCUGAAUUCUUCUCAAAGGCAUUUGUACAGCCACGUGAUGUUGGAGAACUACAGGAUCCUGGUGUCUCUGGGACUUUGCUUUUCCAAGCCAAGUGUGAUAUUCUUGUUGGAACAAGGAAAAGAGCCGUGGACGGUGAAGACGGAACUGACAGACAGUUUGUCCACAGGACCCAAAUGGUGGACAGAGAGAACUAACUCUAGCAAGUUGUCCUCUGACAUCCACAUGAUUGGGAGUCUAUGGAUGUGAACGAAGGAUUAAUCCCAAAGCAGGAACUUUAUGAAGAACAGUCAUCCAGAAAGAUAAUUGAGGAACUUAGAAGUAUCGGCCUCGAUUGUCCCAGUUUGAUGGGAGAAUGGGACCAUGGGCAUCAUUUUGAGAGACAAUCUGAGAAUCUAAAAGCAUAUUUCAAGGAAGAGACCAUUGCUCUUGAAGCUCUGGUUGAUAACAGAUCCUGGGGAGGUUUCUAUCAGAACACAUUGCUUCAUACACGACAGACAACCUCCAAAGAGAAGAGUGCAUUUAAACAAGGCACACACAAGAAAAGCUUGAAGACUGUCAAGCCCAAGAGCAUCUACACAGAGAAGAAACUUCUGAAAUGCAGCGAUUGUGAGAAAGUCUUCAGCCAGAGCUCCUCCCUCACCCUCCAUCAGAGAACCCACACUGGAGAGAAGCCCUACGCAUGCACGGAGUGUGGGAAAGCCUUCAGCCAGAGGUCAAACCUCCUUCAGCAUCACAGGAUUCAUACCGGAGAGAAGCCCUACGAAUGUAAGGAAUGCCGCAAAGCGUUCAGCCAGAACGCGCAUCUAGUUCAACACCUGCGAGUUCAUACUGGAGAAAAGCCGUAUGAGUGUAAGGUGUGCAGGAAGGCCUUCAGCCAGUUUGCCUACCUUGCUCAGCAUCAGAGGGUUCAUACUGGAGAGAAACCCUAUGAAUGUAUUGAGUGUGGAAAAACCUUUAGCAAUAGGUCAUCUGUUGUUCAACACCAGAGAGUUCACACUGGAGAGAAACCUUUUGAGUGCAGGGUGUGUAGGAAAGCCUUCAGCCUUCGCGCAUACCUUACUGUGCACCAGAGAAUACACACGGGGGAGAGACCCUACAAAUGCAAGGAAUGUGGGAAAGCCUUCAGCCAAAAUUCCCACCUUGCUCAGCAUCAGAGAAUCCAUACAGGUGAAAAACCUUAUAAAUGCCAGGAAUGUAGGAAGGCCUUCAGCCAGAUCGCCUAUCUUGCUCAACAUCAAAGAGUUCACACAGGGGAGAAACCUUAUGAAUGUAUUAAGUGUGGGAAGGCUUUUUGCAAUGACUCGUCUCUUACUCAGCACCAGAGAGUGCAUACUGGAGAGAAGCCUUAUGAAUGUAAUAUUUGUGGGAAGGCCUUCAGUUACUGUGGAUCCCUUACCCAGCAUCAGAGAAUCCACACAGGAGAGAGACCCUAUGAGUGUAAGGAGUGUAAGAAAACCUUCAGGCAGCACGCACAUCUUGCUCAUCACCAGAGAGUUCACACUGGGGAGUCACUCUUACCCCCCAAUCCAGGCAAUCACCAAGUCCUGUAAAUCCCAGCUCCUAAAUAUUUCCGAAAUCUGUGUUCUUUUCUGUCUUUAGUGAUGAUCACUGCUAUAUUGUUCUAAUGGGUUUCCAGUAUCUAUUAUUACUAUCUCCAAGUGAUUGUCCAAUAAUGUACCCAAAAUGAUUUUAUUUUGAAGUGGAAUCUUGUGUUAAAAAAAAAAAAGCUGGCCUUAGACUCAUUAUGUAGCCAACGUUGGCCUCAGUUCAUUACCUUCCUGCCUCUGCCCCUCAAGUGCAAGUGCCGAGAUUACAGAAAUAUGGUACCAUACCCAGCAAUUUUUUUAAGGUAUAAAGAUUAACACAUCACCAUCUCCACCUAAAACUGUCCUUUCCUGCUAUUGUUUUUAGACUAAUCAACACCCUUAAAAUUGUAUAUAAGACUCUUUUUUGUAUGAUCCAAACAUAUCAUUCAGCUUUAUUUUCUCCCUGCCUGCUUUAGGCACUAGACUCUUCUUAACACUGUGAGUUUAGUUCUGGGAAACCGUAGCUCUGCCAUUACUAUGGCACUGUGUGACUUUGAACAACUCAUUUAAUUUGUCUAAACCUCAUGGGUUUUAAUCUGAAAAUAGGGAUAUUAAAGGCUACUGUAUUGUGAAAUGUAUUACAUGAAAGUAUCUGUUGAAAAUUAAUCCAUACCGAGAUGAGGAAUUUGCAUGCAGAGCACUUAACAUAGGACAUCAACUCUAGCAGAGCCUCAGUAAAUAGGUGCAUGCCAGGCACCGGCACGGUUCAAUGCAGUUAGCAUACUUUAAUUCAUUUACUUCGCACAGCUGAGAUAAGAGUCGCUGAACCUCUUUGGGAAGCACGCGAUCAGAAUUGAGAAAGACUUCAACAUUUUAGAACAUAAAUGAGAGUUUUCAUCCUUCGGCGAAUGAUCAUUAUAGCCACAGGGAGUAGACAAAAAUUGAUUAUUAGUGUUUUAUCAAGUUUCUAAAGAGAAUGGAGUAAAUCAAACUGGGCUUUCCAGUGUAUUAGGAAUCAUUUUGUGGUGUUUUUUUUUUAAAUGUGUGGCAUGUUGGACCUUCAUGAAUCAGUUCCUUAUGAAAUUCCAAUAAAAUACUUCACUGAAGCUAAAAUUUUCAUAAUGAACACACAAAAUAAAAACCAAA